AUGAUCGAACUCUUCACAAUUUUCGGUAAAGGUGGCAUUGUGUUGUGGUGCUUCCAGGAAGGAGGACAGCUUUUCACUGAUUCAAUUAAUCAGUUGAUCAGAGAAGUUCUGAUGCAGGAACGUGGAAAUGCGACUGUUUUCAAGCACCAUGAUAUAACUAUUAAGUACAAGUUGGAUAAUGAAUUCGAGCUUGUUUUUACUGUCGUUUAUCAGAGCGCUAUUCAGCUUGCUUAUACAGAUCAGCUUUUAUCGGAUGUUCACAAAAAAUUUCGGGACAUGUAUAAAAAUGUUCUUUCUGAUAACAAAUCGCUUUUUUCAUCAACUAAUUAUACAUACAGACAAUUCAACGAUGUUUUUCAGCGAUUAUAUCGCGAAGCUCAAAUUUUAUCGACUAAACAAUCUGACAAAGUAAUGCGAAAAUUUGAGGAAAGCGAGAAAUCUAAGAAAACAAUAGCUUCUCUAAUCGAACGCCCGAAUGAUAAGUCGGCCAAGCUCCUGAAGGAGAAAGAGCAGCAGCAGAAACGGGUAAAACAAAAAAACUGCGAAAAAGUUGCAUCUGCCAAAUCAGACGGGUCGAAAUUGACGAAUGGUUAUGAUAUUAGAGAGAUGAAGGAACAAUCACCUCAGUCGCCUGAUUCGCCUAAAAAUGACACUGAAAAAGAGGAAAUGCAGCGUCGACGAGCGGAGUUUUUCAAGAAGAAAGGAACAAAGAAAGCUGAGUCAGAGAAACAAAAUGCUGUCCCGGCUGAAUCAAAAAAAGGUAAGCAGGCACGUGUUUGGGACCUUUCUGGAAAUACCAAAACAGAUAUCGAUUCUUUGGAUUAUAGUAAGGAAAAAAGUGAUAACGCUAUGGAUAUAACAGAACAGGAAGAUAGAAAGUUUGUGGAAGAGCAGAUGCAGUUUGUUGGUCAUUUCAAAGGAGAGCUACCAGGAUUAACUGAGGAGCAGAGUGAGGAAGACCUUGAGGCUGUUGAAGACGAAGGUGAUGAAAUGAAUGAGGAAAAAAAUAAUGAUGGUUGGUUUUCGGCAUUCCGCUCACUUGUUGGAAAUAAAAAGUUAACGGCCGAAGAUAUCAAGCCUGUGCUCGAUAAGAUGCGAGAAACAUUAAUUGCGAAAAAUGUUGCCGCGGAACCAGCAGAAAAACUUUGCCAGUCAGUAGAAAUGAAACUGGAAGGUAAAGUGGUAGGGACAUUCAGUCGUGUUGCAAGCAUUGUGAAGGAAUCUGUUCGUGAAGCUCUGGUGCAGUUGCUAACACCCAAACGACGCGUAGAUAUACUACGUGAUAUUCUUGAAGCGAAAUGCGAUAAACGCCCAUACAUAAUUGUCUUUUGUGGUGUCAAUGGUGUGGGAAAGUCAACAAAUCUUGCAAAAAUCACUUUUUGGUUAAAUGAAAAUGGACAUAAAGUACUGAUUGCGGCAGCCGAUACAUUUCGAGCAGGAGCUGUGGAACAGUUGCGAACUCACACAAAGCAUCUUAAUGCUCUGCAUGCUAAUAGUGUUCAAUUGUAUGAACAAGGUUAUGGGAAGGAUCCAGCGGGACUUGCCGCUUCUGCUAUUUCUAUAGCAGUGGAUCGUGGGAUUGACGUAGUAUUGGUUGACACAGCUGGACGCAUGCAGGACAACGAACCACUCAUGCGUUCGCUGGCUAAGCUGAUUCAAGUGAACAAGCCGGAUUUGGUACUCUUUGUGGGUGAAGCACUGGUUGGGAAUGAAGCUGUCGAUCAACUGGUGAAAUUCAAUCAGACAUUAGCAGAUCAUGCUGCUUUAGGUGCUGAGGGUCGACUCAUUGAUGGUAUCGUACUAACAAAGUUUGACACUAUCGAUGAUAAAGUUGGCGCUGCAAUUUCAAUGACAUACAUUACCGGACAACCGAUUGUAUUUGUUGGUACCGGACAGACCUAUAAAGAUUUGAAAAGUCUGAACGCUAAUGCAGUUGUCCAUUCGUUGCUUAAAUAA